GCGUGGCUCUCGGGUCUCGAACCCCGGCGCCGACCCUCAUUUUCGGCCGCCCGAGUCGUCGGCCAGCCUUUGGCUUCGUCUCACUACCAUAUCAAUCAUUAACGGGAGCGGUUCCCCGGAGGCGCAGGUCUUGUCGUGAACCUGCAGCGACGCCCCCGGUGCGGGCACAAAGGCUCCGACGGCGGCCGGCCGGAGCUGCCGAGCGCUCGGGAUUCGGCGCCAGAGGUCGCCGGCGCGCGCCCUAGCGAAGCCCCGGGCACCAUGCCGCGGCGCCUGCAGCCCCGGGCUGCGGGCACAAAGGGUCCGCCUGGCACGGCCGCGGCGGCGGCCUCGGGGACCGGCCGGCACCCGCACCCCGCCGCUUCAGGGGAGUCGCCGGCGGCGGCCAAGCCGCUGCUGCGCUGGGACGAGGUGCCCGACGAUUUCGUGGAGUGUUUCAUCCUGUCGGGCUACCGGCGUCUGCCGUGCACGGCGCAGGAGUGCCUGGCCUCGGUGCUGAAGCCCACCAACGAAACCCUCAACUUCUGGACGCACUUCAUCCCGCUGCUGCUGUUCCUCAGCAAGUUCUGUCGCCUCUUCUUCCUCAGCGGCCGCGACUUACCCUUCCACCACCCGUGGCUGCUGCCGCUGUGGUGCUACGCGUCGGGGGUGCUGUUGACCUUCGCCAUGAGCUGUACGGCGCACGUGUUCAGCUGCCUGUCGCUGCGCCUGCGCGCCGUCUUCUUCUACCUGGACUAUGCGUCCAUCAGCUACUACGGCUUCGGCAGCACGGUGGCCUACUACUACUACCUGCUGCCCGGCCUGAGCCUGUUGGAUGCCAGAGUCAUGACCCCGUACGUGCAGCAGCGCCUGGGCUGGCACGUGGAUUGCACGGGCCUCAUCGCUGCUUACCGCGCGCUCGUUCUGCCUGUGGCCUUCGUGCUGGCCGUGGCCUGCACCGUGGCUUGCUGCAAGAGUCGCACCGACUGGUGCGCCUACCCGUUCGCUCUGCGCACGUUCGUCUUCAUCAUGCCCCUCAGCAUGGCCUGCCCUAUUAUGCUCGAGAGCUUGCUCUUCGAUCUGAGAGGGGAGAACCCCACGCUCUUCCUGCACUUCUACCGCCGCUACUUCUGGCUUGUGGUGGCUGCCUUCUUCAACGUGAGCAAGAUCCCGGAGCGCAUCCAGCCGGGCCUCUUCGACAUCAUUGGCCACAGCCACCAGCUUUUCCACAUCUUCACCUUCCUCAGCAUCUACGACCAGGUGUACUACGUGGAGGAGGGUCUGCGCCAAUUCCUCCAGGCGCCGCCAGCUGCGCCCACCUUCUCGGGCACCGUGGGCUACAUGCUGCUGUUGGUGGUGUGCCUGGGGCUGGUCAUCAGGAGGUUCCUCAAAAACUCGGAAUUCUGUAGUAAAAAGUGAGCCCUUCGCCUUGCGGGAGGCCGCUGGUUUGCUUA